GGCUCCAACAAAGCCAGAUGGCCGCUGAUAUUUGGAGCUGAUGCAACACUGAGCGGAGAUAACUCGUCAGUGAGCAGCGGGGAGAGCUCCGAGCAGGAAGACACCUUUUCUUACAGCGAAUCACUGAAUUUUCGACUAUUGUUUGCAUAUCUGGUACCAGCAUGCCUGUCGUCAGAACCCUCAGUAAAGUGGCAAAGCAGGCCCUCAUAGGUACCCCUGGGUGCGGAUGCCAGCCUUUAACAGUGGCUGUACGCAGCAUCAGCUUCUCCCCUCGCCAGGUGACCUCUGACGCCAGCUUCCACUCUGUGUCUUUCUCUGAAACAGACCACCCCAAGGUGCUCAUCACAGGUGGGCUCGGGCAACUUGGAGUCGGACUGGCCAAACUGCUGAGGAUGAGGUUCGGGAAGAACAAUGUCAUUCUGUCUGACAUCAGGAAGCCUCCGAACAACGUUUUUCACAGUGGGCCAUUCAUUUACUCCGACAUCCUGGACUACAAGAACCUGCGGGAAAUUGUGGUGAACAACCGGAUCACUUGGCUGGUUCACUACAGCGCUCUUCUAAGUGCUGUAGGAGAGGCUAACGUGGCCUUGGCACGCUCCGUUAACAUUACUGGGCUUCACAACAUCCUUGACAUUGCAGCAGAACAUGGCUUGCGUCUGUUUGUCCCCAGCACCAUUGGUGCCUUUGGCCCCACCUCCCCUCGCAACCCCACGCCCGAUCUGUGUGUGCAGAGACCACGCACGAUCUACGGUGUUUCCAAAGUCCACGCUGAGCUAAUGGGAGAGUAUUACCACCACCGUUAUGGUCUGGACUUCCGCUGUCUUCGCUACCCAGGAAUUAUCUCCGCUGACUCCACGCCAGGAGGUGGAACAACAGACUAUGCCGUCCAAAUCUUCCACGACGCCAUCAAAACGGGGAAGUUUGAGUGCAACUUGAGACCCGACACCCGGCUGCCCAUGAUGUACAUCGACGACUGCCUGCGUGCCACCCUGGAAGUGAUGGAAGCACCAGCUGACACUCUCAGCAUGAGGACUUACAACAUCAACGCCAUGAGUUUCACUCCUGAAGAACUGACUCAGGAGCUUCAGAAGCAGAUGCCCGAGCUGGAGGUCACGUAUGAGAUUGACCCGGUGCGACAGGUGAUCGCGGACAGCUGGCCAAUGAACUUCGAUGACUCCAACGCCAGGAAGGAUUGGGGCUGGAAACACGACUAUGAUCUUCCAGAGCUGGUCCAGACCAUGCUCAACUACUUCAGAGAGGAAACACGCAUGGCUCGAGUUAACUGAGACACUGGAUCUGAAAAUGUUUCGACAUAAAGACUGACCAAAGAAAUACAGAGAAGCCUAGUUUGUAUAUAGUUGUUCUCCCACUUCUUUGUAACGUCAGAAGUCUUGCCUGCUGAGAGGUCGCCGUAUCAGUGUAGAUAUCAGAGCGGGUUAGAUGAUCUGCGAUGUUCUUGUCUGUCCAGCCCUGCUCGGCUCACUUCUCCAUCUUUUCUGCGGAAGCGAGGAGCGGCGCAUCAGCACAAGAGCGCUGCAGUUUUUGCGACAUGUUUUUUAUUGUUUUUUAAGGAUGUGUAGUUGUUAAAAUGUGCUUUUCUAGACGCUUUUGGCGGACAAAUCAGGUUUUUCUUUUUAGCCACAUUUCCAAUGAAAAUGUCAAGCACAAGUUGUAUUGUAUUUUUUUGCUCUUUAUAAGAAACAAAGUGCUAAAUGACAAAACCUGCUUAUCUUAUAGUGUCUUGAGAGGCACAACUCUUAAAAAGGUUUAGAAUUGUUACUGUCUAAUCAAUAUUAUUUAUUCUGUUGUUGUUGAAUGUGUGAGAACUUCCUCUUAAAAGGCAUUAAAUUCUGUUUCUCUAAGUG